AAACACGUCGAGGACCAGGGAGUGGCUUGUGCCAGAGCUGAAUAAUGAUGAUCCCAGCACUCUUAUAAAGAGAAGCGGAGAGCUCACCACAGAGCUGUUCCUUGCCGCCCUGGCCCUCUGCGGAGCAUCACUGCGCCACAUCCACCAAGGUCCAUUUCCCGCCUGCUUCCCAGUGCAGCCAUGCUGGGCACAGCAGUGCGGCUCUCGGUCCUGCUCAGCCUCUUCAACAUUGGGAAAGGCCAGAUAUUUCAUGUGGGACCAUGCCCAGAUCCAUCAGUUCAAGAAGAAUUUGAUAUCAACAAGUAUUUGGGGAAAUGGUACGAGAUAGAGAAGCUGCCCUCAACUUUUGAGAAAGGAAGCUGCGUCCAGGCAAAUUACUCAUUGAAGGAGAACGGGAAGUUCAAGGUGAUCAACAAGGAGAUGCUUGCCAAUGGCAAAAUCAAUGAAGCUGAAGGAGAAAUCAUGCACAUGGAUGUAAAGCAGCCGGCCAAGCUGGGUGUCCGCUUUAACUGGUUUAUGCCUGCUGCCCCUUACUGGGUCAUUUCCACCGACUAUGAAAACUACUCUCUGGUUUACUCCUGCACUAACAUCCUCUGGCUCUUCCACAUGGACUAUGCCUGGAUUCUGUCAAGAGCUCCUGAAAUGCACCCAGAAACCGUGGAGCACCUGAAGAGUGUUCUCCAGUCCUACAAGAUUGACACCGAGAAAAUGAUGACCACUGAUCAAGCCAACUGCCCUGCUGAGAUGUAACUCCUGGCUUGUAGUGACACAGCACUAGACCAGAGAUAAACUUUGUUGCUUGCUUUAUUAGCCAUUAGAAUUUCUCUAUGUACCUGAGAAAUUUAAUAACCUCUUUGCUAAUAGUAGUUUGCCAGCCCAGAGUCACUCCUUGCUGUUGUUCCCUCUAUUGCUCUUCCCCCUCUUUUUGUCUCACUCUGACUUUUGCAGUGUAAGUGACUGAAUCAGUCUUAAUGGGUGAAAGAAAGAAACCCUGAAGUGCAGAUGUGAAACUCUGCUGUUGCUAUGAGUCCUCCAGCAUGUGGAUGGGAAAGGGUAUGAGUCAUGAUGUGGAAGUAUUAGUCCUGGGGAAAAAUCAUUCAUUACACAGCCCCACGUUUGUUUCCAAAUUUCGUCUUGACGCUUCUGGUCCUGUCAGGAAUCUACAGUGUCUGAGCUACACUGUGGGCACUGCCUUAGCAUCAGCAACAUCCAGAUCAUCCUGCAGCCUGGGAACUGAGGCUGGGGGUCUUGAAAGUUUUCUGAUGCAGGGAUGUAGGCAUAUGUUGCUGCUAAGUCAGCAGACCUCCUUGCUAGAAAUCAGAUCUUGCCCUUUGUAUUUUAAAUCUAAAAAUGUCCAGAGAUUCAGCAUCACUCCAUCCCCAGUGUCUAUAUGUGUCCUUCUCUUGCCUCUAAUGAGAUUGGUCCUGCACUCCCAAGGGACCAGCUCUGACUGUACUUGUAAGCAGACAUAAAGAGAUGGGGCUGCUCCCUUGUUCUCUCUUCCAGAGGCUUUUCCCUGAACACCAGGAGACAGCAGGCUCUGGCUGACAUCCUGCCCACUGCUGUUGCACAUGCCGAGUGCCCGCGGGUGCUGCAUCUGCCCUGGCAGGUGUUCAGCAGGCACUGCAACAACUCUGCUUGAAUAGCAUUCAUGCAACUCAUUAAAAAUGAAAUAAAAAUA